UAGUCUUGAAUGGAGUAAACUCGAGAGUAAAUCAAAAAAAAAACUAAACUUUGUCCAUCUCGCGUACAGAAAGCUGCCAUUUUUCGGUUGUGCAGUGCGAAUUGAAAUCGGAUCAAAGUGGAGUGCUUCGGUGCCGUUUCCGGUGUGUUUUGCGUUCAUUCGGUCCGGUCAAUGUCCAGUGUUCCGGUAGUCGGGUGAAACAAAUCGAUUUCGUUCGUCAAAAUGUGAUAUUCCUUCGGUCAAAAGUGUUGUGUGAACUGUGUGUAAAGUCCUUGAGAAAAAUUUCUUCCUGCCGGUGUUUCCCUUUUUGUUCGAUUCGGCAGCAGAAACAGCAGCCAGCAGCCCAUCGUGUGUAACGUUCGGUGAGGGGCAGGAAGGGGGUGCGCGGGGUGUACAAAGAACGGACAAGGAUUGAAAUUUCGCACUGUGAGAAGUCAAGUUCUGGAAAUGUCCUCAAAGCUACUCAACUACCCCUCGGCCAGUUCGAAUCCCCAUCUGGGAGCCGGUGGAUCGGCGGGGUCAUCGACAGCCACUAGGAACGGCACCACCGGCCACGGUUCCUCACAGCUGAACUUCGAAAAUCUACAACUGGAUGACAUCCUGUGCACGGUUUGCCAGUCGGUCCUCGUCGAACCGGUGUUCCUGCCGUGUCAGCAUCGGUUCUGCCGGAACUGCCUGAGUGGGACCAUCGAGAAGAACAACCUGAACUGUCCGUGCUGUCGGAAGCGGUUCGGGACGUGGUAUCGGAACGCUUCCCGGGUGAAUAAGCUCGUUCACGAGCAGCUGUGGAAUGCGAUCCAGAGCCAGUUUCGGGACUAUCUGGACGAGGACGGAACGGGCCGGUGCAACGGGAAUGGAAGCGUUGGAGGUUGCUUUGUGCCGCAAACCGAAAGCGUCAUCCACCUCAGCGAGCCGGGUGAGAUUCGCAAGGAGUACGAGACUGAAUUGCAGCGAUAUCGCAAGGAACUCAUCGAGGAGAAGAAAAAGGAACUGGCCGCUUCCGAAAAGUACAUCAUCAAUCUCUACAAGCAGGAAGGCAUUAUCGAUCUGGUGGACAGCAGUGACCACCUGUCGAUUUCGUCCACGACUAGCACUCCGGAACCGCCCGCUAAGAACAGGAAUCCACCGCAACCCGCCAAUCAAGAGGCCAAAGCUCACGAGAUAGUCGAAGAUGACGAAGAAGCCGGCCCUUCCGGUUCCGGGCAUGGAGAGAAAGCUGACAACCAACCGCCAGGGGUUCAAAACCAGACCAGUGUGGUCACCAGCAGUAGCAACAAUGUUAAUUCUACUAGUCGUCCGGAAACAUCCAAGUCGCAGUCCAACGGAAGUGUCAUAUCCAUUUCGUCGACGUCGUCUGCCUCGGGAGCGUCGUCCUCGUGCAUUUCAUCCGCCUCCAGUCGGUAUAGUUUAGUCAAACAGCAGCCGACCUCAACGAAGGCUCAAAGCUCGAACGAGGUCAGCAAACAUGGCAGCAACGUGGGCGCAGUUACGAAAAAGGUGUUCACGAUGGCCGAGCUGAAUCAGAACGAGCUGUGCGUAAAACCCACCAAACUGCACCGACGAAACUCUAGUCAAGCCGUGGACGACGAGGACGAUGACGAUGGGGAUAGUUUGCGGUCCGAGUUGAACCACUUCAAGCCCAUCUUCGCCACGACACCCAAGAGUUGCUUUUCGUCCAAGGCGAUCGUUCGAGUUCCUUCCGUGCGGCCGGAAACCGGUUCGCUUCCAUCAUCGAAUGUCGAAUGUUUUAGUCCCAGCAAAAGUCCCUUCAAGCCAAUCGACCCGACAACGCCCCGUCGAUCGGCCUUCUCCGUAGUAAACGUGAGUCUGUUCACUCCGCCCACCACCACCGAUGCCAAAACGGCGAAGGCCCAGAAGCGAAAAGUGGCGGAGUCUGUUGGCAAGAAGCAGAAAGCAGAGGCUCCAUCGUCGUCGGUCAAGGCGAAGAAGGCGAAGUCUAGCAAAAAGGCGAAUGUAGUCAACCCCGACACAGAACGUCGUAAACGAAAACUGAAGUUUUCCCCUCAACCGAAAGCGAAGGUGAAAGUGGAGCCUUCGAGUGCCAGUUCCAACGAUAGGAUCACGCGAAGGUCCUUGACACGACAGCCCAGUCGACUGAAGGAUCUCAUCGUCAGCGAUCAACAGCGACGGGCAGCAUUGAUCGAACAGGAACGGCGAGAUUUCGAAUUCGCACAAAAGCUGCAGAAGAAGCUCAAUCGCACAAGGGGAGCCACGAUACUGGUGGUAGAUUCGCUUCCCCGGGAAGCUCCCAAAAUCGUAGCUAGGAAACAGAACAGCACCUACUCGCUAAGGCGGCACACGAUGGCCGUUCAACACGUGGCAGUGGCCACGGAAUUGCCACCACCGCCGCCGAGUAGUAAUAAUUCGUCCAGUAGAAGCGAUAGCAGAAGAGAGGCGCCUUCCCGCAAGAGAAAAGCUCCAUCCAAGGUGAACGAAUCGCCGAAAGCGAUUCAAGCGCCAACCACCCCAAAGACGAUGAAGCAAAUCAAAAAGCCUAAGCGACAGGCAGAAACUAAGACGACAAAGACGCGACAACCUUCCGUGCAAGAGGCGCCAUCAACUGAAGAAGUCAGCAGCGAGAGCAGAAUCCUACGACGGUCCACGCGGAUCCGAUCCUAAAUGGGGGGGAGGUGUUGAGGGAGGGACCGACAAUCUGAUUCUCUUCAAAAUGUGAUGUUUUCUAUUGUCAACCGGAUGCGGAAGCGUUGACGAUCGGAUAAGGUAAAUGUGAUCAUAGUGAUUCAAACACACCCGACCGAGAGAUGGAGAGGGAGUCUACGCUCUCUCUGGAAUGGAUGACGACUGAAAUGAUCUAAGGUAGGUGUUCAAUAUCUGUGUGGGCGGGACGACAAGGCAUCAUGGUCAAGAAGGAUGCGCGAGUGUGUUUGGUCUACUUAUAUUUAUUAUAAUCAUUCGUAGGGUAUGUAUGUAAUAUGAAUUUAGGGUACAGUUAGUAUUAUUCGACGCAAACCGACGCAAUCAUUUUCCCCAUUCUGUUUGUUUCUUUGUGUAUGAAAAGGUUUUUUUUUUCCUAUAACUAAUAUGCAGAAAGAGUCUCGACCCCAAUGUGUAAAUAGAUGUUUUAAACUGUC